AUGCUAUUUCUUCUUUACUUAGAAUUAUUCAUUUAUUUUAAUUAUCUAUCUAUCUAUCUAUCUAUCUAUGUCUAUCUAUCGAUCUAUGUCUACACACAUCUAUCUAUAUCAGUUUAUUUAGAUCUAUCUAUCGAUCUAACUAUAUAUUUAUAUUUGUCUAUCUAUCCAUAUCUAUCGAUCUAUCUAUCUAUCUAUUCAUUUCUAUCUAUCGAUCUAUGUCUAAACACAUCUAUCUAUCUAUCUAUCUAUCUAUCUAUCUAUCUAUCUAUCUAUCUCAGUUUAUUUAGAUCUAUCUAUCGAUCUGUCUAUAUAUUUAUAUUUAUCUAUCUAUCUAUCCAUAUCUAUCGAUCUAUCUGUCUAUCUAUUCAUGUCUAUCUAUCGAUAUAUCCAUAUCUAUCGAUCGAUCUAUCUCUAUAUUUAUAUUUAUCUAUCUAUCCAUAUUUAUCGAUCUAUCUGUCUAUCUAUUCGUGUCUAUCUAUCGAUCUAUCCAUGAAUAUUUAUCUAUCUAUCCAUAUCUAUAUUCAUCUCUAUCUAUCGAUCAAUGUAUACGCACAUCUAUCUAUCUAUCUAUCUAUCUCAGUUUAUUUAGAUCUAUCUAUCGAUCUAUCUAUAUAUAUUUAUAUUUAUCUAUCUAUCCAUAUCUAUCGAUCUAUCUGUCUAUCUAUUCAUGUCUAUCUAUCGAUCUAUCCAUAUCUAUCUAUCGAUCUAUCUCUAUAUUUAUAUUUAUCUAUCUAUCCAUAUCUAUCGAUCUAUCUGUCUAUCUAUCCGUGUCUAUCUAUCGAUCUAUCCAUGUCUACUCAUAACUAUCUACCUAUCUAUCUAUCUAUAUUAUCUUUUAGGAAUAUCUAUCUAUCUAUCUAUCUAUCUAUCUAUCUAUCUCAGUUUGUUUAUAUUUUUCGAUCGAUCUAUCUCUAUAUUUAUAUGUAUCUAUCUAUCCAUAUCUAUCGAUCUAUCUGUCUAUUUAUUCGUGUCUAUUUAUCGAUCUAUCCAUGUCUACUCAUAACUAUCUAUCUACCUAUCUAUCUAUUUUAUAUUUACGAAUAUUUUUCUAUCUAUCUGUCUAUUCAUGUCUAUCUAUCGAUCUAUCCAUGUAAUAAUAUUGAUGAGUUAGAUAAAGAAAGAACGAUCUAUCUAUCUAUCUAUCUAUCUAUCUAUCUAUCUAUCUAUCUAUCUCUGAUUAUAUUCAUUAAACUUGAGUUCUUCUUCUUCCUCCUCCUCCUCCUUCUUCUUCUUCUUCUUCUUCUUCUUCUUCUUCUUCUUCUUCUUCUUCUUCUUCUUCUCAACUCCUCCUCCUUCUUUUCUUCUUCUUCUUCUACUACUACUACUACUACUACUAGUACUACUACUUCUACUACUACUUUUCUUCUUCUACUCCUCCUUUUUCUUCUUCUACUCCUCCUUCUUCUCUUUCUUCUUCUUAUCUUUCUCCUCUUCCUCCUCCUUCUUCUUCUUCUUCUACUGCUACUACUUUUCCUUCUCCUCCUCCUUCUUUUCUUCUUCUUCUACUCUUUCUUCUUCUUCUUUGCUUCUUUUUAUACUUCUUCUUCUCCUCCUAUUCUUCUUCUUCUCCUCUCCUCAUCCUUCUCCUCCUCGUUCCUCUUUUUCUUCUCUUUCUCCUUUUUCUCCUCUUCCUCUUCUUCUUCUCCUCUGCUCAUCCUUCUCCUCCUCGUUCCUCUUUUUCUUCUCUUUCUCCUUCUUCUCCUUCUUUGUUUCUUAUGUCACCUGCAGCCUGCCCGCGUCUUCUUGUCGCCGGUGUUGGAAAAUGCUGACUCUAUGUAUACAAAAAUAGAGGCCAACCCGACGUUGGAGCUGCCAGUGAUGUUGGAAGACAAUUUAUCCAUCUAUCUAUCUAUCUAUCUAUCUAUCUAUCUAUCUUUGUGUAUUUCCUGCCCCAGUUAA